CUCUCUCCACCAUCUCUCACGCUUCUCUCCACCAUCUCUCACGCCUUAGCUCUCUUAAAGAUGGUUAGGUGGUACUUGGAUGAUGAUGAUGAGGAUGAUGAUUAUGAGGAAGAGCAUGAAGUUGAUAUGCUUAAGCCAGAGAGAUUGCUUCAUAGAACAGAUCGAGGUGCUGGAUGGAAUCAUGUUCAGCAGCUUAUGCACGGGUCAGAUCAACAGUGCUAUGAUAUUCUUCGCAUGAAUCAGAGGACAUUUCAAGAUCUGUGUAAAAUGUUAGCAACGAGAUAUGGGUUACAAGAGACGCAAAAUGUCUAUAUUGAAGAAGCGGUUGCAAUGUUCCUUGAAGUGGUGGGUCAAGAUAAGACAGUACGGGUUAUUGCACAAAGAUAUCAGCGUUCGUUGGAUACAGUCAAAAGGAAACUUGGUGAGGUUUUAAGUGCUCUCUUGAAAUUUGCUGCAGAUGCACUAAAACCAGAAGAUGGUGAGUUCACAAGAGUAUGUCCUGCUUUGAGAAAUGAUGAUCGAUACUGGCCAUUUUUUAAAGACUGUAUUGGAGCAUUGGAUGGAACUCAUAUCUCAGUCCGUCCUCCUAAGCGAAAUGCAGAAGCAUACAGGGGCAGAAAACAGGAGCCAACCAUGAAUGUCCUUGCUAUAUGUAACUUUGAUAUGAAGUUCAUAUAUGCUUAUGUGGGUGUGCCGGGUAGAGCUCAUGACACAAAGGUAUUAACUUAUUGUGCGAGGAAUGAGCCUUUUUUUCCACAUCCGCCAAAUGGAAAGUAUUAUUUGGUUGAUGCUGGAUAUCCCACAAGAACAGGGUAUCUUGGUCCGUAUCGUAGAGUUCGAUAUCAUCUCGAUCAGUUCAACAGAGGAGGACCACCAACGAACACUCGAGAGGUGUUCAACCGGAGACAUUCAAGCUUGCGAUCAGUGAUUGAGCGGACAUUUGGAGUGUGGAAAGCAAAAUGGAGGAUUCUUGACCGUAGGCAUCCAAAAUAUGGUUUGAUCAAAUGGAUAAAGCUAGUGACGGCAACGAUGGCUCUACACAACUUCAUACGUGAUUCACAUCGAGAAGAUAAUGAUUUUGUGCAUUGGCAGAGAAGAGAAGAAUAUCAUACUCAUGGUGAUAAUGAUGAAGAAGAAAGAGAUGAAGAGGAAGAUGAAGAUGAAGAUGAAGAUGAAGAAGAAGAAGAAGAUGGUGAUGGUCAUGGUGGACAUAUUCCAUAUGAGCCGACUGGUGAUAGAGCCAUGGAAGGUUUACGUGAUCGUAUUGGUAAUGAGUUGAGUAGAGGAUAUCGAUUACCUUACUAG